AUGAACUACGCCGUGGCGAAUGCCGGCAUGCUCGCCGAAGCGGUGGAAUCUUCGUCGAGUUUAACAAGCCUCACAAUCUUCGGCAUCGCGAGCGAUCAACCAGAAGUCAUCCGCGAGUCGGCCGUCAAAGUCUGUUCUCUGGAUUACAGUGGAGUGUUCCCGCACGACUAUGUGCAUUCUUUGGAGAGCAUGCCGAUCCCCGUCCACUUGCUGGAACAGCGGGCUGCCAGACUCACGUCGCUUGACGUUGCAGAGCUGCACAUGAGCCCGUUCAGGUCGACGAAGCUCAUCGCAGCUCUUAUAAAGAACCACACCAUCACGGAAAUCGCCGUCGGAGCUUGCGUCUUUGCUUCUGGUCCGUUCGACGGGCCGUCGCCGUCGUUCGAGAAAUAUCUGUUAAAAGAAAACGCGACGCUCAGGAAGCUCACUCUGAGAGGAUCGCACUUCGACGACGAAACUGUUUGGUUGCCGAACCUAGCCCAAGCCAUCUCGACAAUGACGACUUUGCAAGAACUAGACGCGGACUGGUUGGGCACGAGCCAGCACUGCGAACUGUUCUUUAUCGUUGUCUCCCGCAACCGGUUCCUGCGCAGUUUGACGUUGCAGCUUGGCGGGAUGGACGACAUAAUCGUCGAGCAGCAACGACGACAAGACGUAGCGGCUGUCAACGAUCGAUCCUGGGUGUCGGCGUUGCAGGAGAACAGUGCGCUACAAAAGUUGGACCUCGACCUUUCAUGGUCGACCACCGAAAACUGCUGUUUCUUAGUUCGAGCUCUUGCGAACAACCACUGCCUUCAAAGCCUGACGUUGCGUUAUCUUCCGGAUGUUGAUAGGCUGGAAGAAGUCUGCUGCGCAAUACGUAAGAGUGGACUUGUCAACAGGGUGUACAUCCCGAAACAUUGCGUUGAGAGCCUUGAUGCGGCAGAGCUUUCCGACUUUCCUGAGGUAACUUCCAUCACUGUACAUCUGAUACAUUUAGAUGACGCAGCGCGUAUGCAAGGUUUCUUCCAAUGCCUCGUGGCUUGUAACUACAUCUCAUCACUUGGCGUGACUCUCAAUUUCUUCGACGAAAGUGUUUGCGCAUCACUGGCCACUUACAUAAAAGGUGCGUCCGCGCUCAAGGAAAUCAUGCUGAAGAUCGAUUUUGACAUUAUAGAUGAAUGGGAUGGGGACGAUGAUGAUCUAUUUCAGUCUAUCUCAAACUUGUGCAAAGCACUCUGUUCGAAUCUAGGCAUUACCAGGAUUACCUUGGACUGGCUGGUAGAAUUAUGUGACGAGGACUGUCAAGCGCUCGCUCACGCCGUUUUAAGUAACCGACGCCUUCACGAGCUCACCGUUAAAUUCGCACAAUACGAUAACAGAGCAGCCCUUCUGCGCCAUCUCUUGCCAAGAUUUCACCAGAACUACAGCCUCCUUCGGCUAGAAAUGCCAGCCUGCAUACAACCUUACGCCAACAUCUUCGCCGCCCAGGAAAUCGUUCGACGCAACUGCAGCCUCAUUGAACGAGCGACCAGGUUCGUGUUGGGAGACCACGAUCCUUACUGCGCACGCGCCGUGGAGUUCGUUUCGGAACACCCCAAGCUCGUGGACAAUGUUCGUCGCGAGGCGGCAUUGAGCGACGAGGCGGAAGCCGUGGCCCUGAUCAGAGGAGCCGUGCGUCGCCUGUGCCUCGCCGACGUGCACGAGUUCAUGCGGUUGACUGGCGUCGUCCAGGAACGAGUCGUGUGCCACGCCCGAGAAGAUGGCGCCACGCAGUUCGACAAACUGAGCCACGACUGCUGGCUUCACAUUCGCCGGUACCUGACUGUAGCGGAUGUGGUGGAACCUGGAGGCCCGUUAACCUCGUCGAACUCCGUGCCACGUCCUUGUGUAUGACAUCAUUCUGUAAUCUUCUUCCAACAACAUCCUCCAAGAUAGCUUUUACCCCCUUCAGACAAGGCGUGCACAUUUAUGAACGCGACCUAUUUUUACCAUUUCUGUGCAGUGGUAGCAAGGCACCGAGCACAAACAUUAAGUUUAGGGUAAAUUGACCAUUCUGCUAACCUAUGUUAGUUCCAUUUUACUUCUGAGUGAUAUGUAUCGUUACGGUGUACCGCUUUGGUGAAGGCACCAGUGUGUU